AGUGUUUCGUCUGUCUGUCAUUCUCAUCAGAUUCAGAGCGAGCGGUUCGAAAACCCAUAACGAAUCAAAAACAAACUUCCCCGUACAGAACAGAACAGAACACAGAAGCAAAGCAUUGGUACUUAUUACUCUGACACAUACACACUUUCUUCAACUCCCCUUUCUUAUUGCGAUAUCUAUCUAUUAGAAGAAACUCUGAUCCCUUCGCUAUGGCGGCUACUAUUGGAAAUUCAUUCAUCUCCAUCACUCCUCCCGAGCUUCGUUUUCAAUUUGAGUUGGAGAGGCAAUCAUUUUGCGAUCUUAAUGUUUUGAAUAAGACAGAGUACUUCAUUGCUUUUAAGGUGAAGACCACUUCACCGACUAAGUACUUUGUACGACCUAACACUGGUGUUAUACAUCCUAGGGAAUCGUGCAUCAUUAGAGUCACCCUCCAAGCCCAACGAGAAUAUCCUCCUGGCAUGCAAUUUAGAGAUAAGUUUCUCAUACAAACUACAACAGUGGAUCCAAACACCGAUGUUGAUGAUCUUCCGUCGGAUACUUUUAAUAAGGAUAGUGGAAGGUUAACAGAAGAGUUGAAACUAAGAGUUGUAUAUGUCUCUCCUACCUCACCUCAAGGAAGCACAAGAGAUGAUACAGUGACAAACUCCACACAAAAUCUUGAUACUUCUUCGAGUCAAGCCCUACAACAAUUGAAGGAGGAAAGAGAUGCCUCUGUCAGACAAGCACGGCAUCUGCAACAGGAACUGGACAUGCUGAAAAGGCGAAGAAAUCGUAGAAGUGAUCCGGGCUUUUCCUUCACCUUUGCCAUGUUUGUGGGCCUUAUUGGAUUCUUGUUUGGUUUGCUUUUGAAACUUUCAUUGUCUUCACCACCUACACAAUGAUUUCAUUUUGUUCAGAACCUUUGCAUGACGACCCUUUAGUGUUACUUAUUACUGUAAAGUUCUUUUUUCUGCUGGAAAGGAUUUUGUUUUCUUCAUUUUUUCAUUUGUUUAUAUAUUAAUCAUUUUGGAAUUUCCUUAUUUGAAAAUUUACUACCCUUAUUAGUUACGGAUAUUACUAUGCAUCUUGGAUAAUAAUAUAGCAAAACUAAGGCAUCAAACAAACAAACGGACUGUUCUAUGAAAA